AGUGUGUGAAAGAAGCAGUAUUAACUUGUUCUAAAGACCCAUGUGGAUCAGUAUUGCUGAAAGAAAAAGGUAAAGACACGAUUCGCUCUGACAAAGUGCCAGCCUGGUUGGUUUAAUGACAUUUUAAGAACUUCAUCUGAAUAUCCCAUUGAGCCUAAUGAGGGAUACAUCCUUUCCCCCUGGAGCUAAAGUCCUGUCUCUGUGGGAACCGACUGAUAGCAGGUAGACUUUGCCCUGAAGGGGAACCAACAAUACAGGAAGAGCAGCAGAGCAGAUUCCUGGCUGUCACAGCAGAGUUGAUGAAAAGAUCUGCUAACUUUUGGCGGAAUGGAGCAGACUAAUGGCAGCAGCAAAGACGGUUAUGGACCUCGCCCCCCUCCAUACAACACUCCAGAAUAUGGGCCAAAUUCUUACACGGGGGUGACGUACAACGUGGGGAAGGGGAACAUUGCAGUGGUCUCCCCUCCUGGCCCCUACAAUAACAUGGGCCAUCCUGAGGAAGAGGCAGCAGCUGGAGGCACCCUGCAGUAUGGUCAAGCUCCUCCUGACUACUCUCACGGCUUAGAGGAUAGCAGCUUCAGUGAUGCUGCCAUAAGAAGAGGUUUCAUAAGGAAAGUCUACUUGACCUUGAUGAUUCAGCUGCUGGUGACUGUCGGGAUCAUCUGUGCUUUUCUUUACUGGGAAGAUCUCGGGAGUUGGACAUGGGACAACCCCUGGUUCCCCUACACUAUGAUGGCGCUGGUGAUGGUGCUCAUCGUGGCCUUGUCCUGCUGUGGCAACCUCCGCCGUCAAGUCCCCCUCAAUUUCAUUGCCCUGGGCCUGUUUACUAUUGCAGAGGGCCUGAUGCUCGGAUCCGUGACAGUGUUCUAUGCGGCAGAGGCAGUUCUGUGGGCUGUGGGGGCAACGGCGCUGGUGUCCUUCGCCUUGACUCUGUUUGCUAUGCAGUCAAAGUGGGACUUCACCGGAGCAAAUGGGAGCCUGUGGGUGUUUGCCUGGACCCUCUUUUCGUUUGCAUUGCUUUGUGCAAUUCUCCGAUCGCAGUAUCUUAACAUCUUAUACGCCUGCCUGGGAACCCUGCUGUUUUCUUUAUACUUGGUGUUUGAUACCCAGCUUAUCCUGGGUGGGAAACACAGGAAGUAUGAAGUGUCUCCUGAGGAGUAUGUGUUUGCUGCCCUCAACCUCUAUUUGGACAUUGUCCUCCUGUUCCUCUUCCUGCUGAGGCUCAUCGGUCGCUGACACUGAACCACUGUGACAGGCCUCCUUAAAGGAACACUGAAGCUCUUCCCACACACAAUAUCAAAUCAUCAGGAGCAUCAUGCUGUCUAGGUUCACAUUGAAUGAAGAUUCACAACCCUCUGUUAGUCCUCCAGGCAUCUGCUGUCAUUUUAAAUAUGCAGGGAUACAGAUUUGUUUUAUUGUCACACGCCAUGUUAUUAUGCACUGCAAUAUGCUGUGCAAAAUGUUUGAGGUUUUUUUUUCAUCAUUUCUACAUUUGAGAUUCUUAUGCGGCACUAGCAUGCAACCUAGAACGUCAAACUCAUGUGCUUAAUAUUUCUUUAUACAAUUACACUUGAGCUUACUUUCUGUAUCAGGAGAUUAAAACUUUAAAAGGAAACACCACCUAUGUUAAAAAUACCAACAUGUUAUUUCCAUGGCCAAGGACAGUUUGAUCAAUAUUUGUAAACAUGAGCUACUCUCUCUCAAAGCCAGAAACCAGAGAGGUAAGUCCUAAAUUUGUGAUGUCAUCAAGUAUGAAAUCUGGAGCUGCUCCAUAGACAAUGAAUGAGCGACUGAUUUUGUGGAGCCACAGAGUGUCUGUUUUCCUGUUUUUUUCUGUACACAAAUGAGCUUUAUUUUCUAUCGUAUUGUUCUCAGUUCUGAAACAGAAACUGUACCCAUAUAGACUGAACCAUCAUGAUAUUGUGCAAACUACAACGAUCGUUGCCCAGGAGACAACUGUCACCUGGUUUCACUUGCAGAGAUAUGUGAAAUGGGCAAACUUGUUUAUUUAGAUAUACACUCAUCGGCCACUUUAUCAGGUACACCUUCUAGUGCCAGGUAGGACCCCCUUUGCCUUCAGAACUGCCUUAAUUCUUGGUGGCAUAGAUUCAACAAGGUGCUGGAAACGUUCCUCAGAGAUUUUGGUCCAUAUUGACAUGACAGCAUCACACAGUUGCUGCAGAUUUGUUGACUGCACAUCCAUGAUGCAAAUCCUCUGUUACACUACAUCCCAAAGGUGCUCUAUUGGAUUGACUGUGGAGGCCACUGGAGUACAGUGAACUCCUUGUCAUGCCAGACUGAGAUGAUGUGAGCUUUGUGUCAUGGUGCAUUAUCCUGCUGGAAGUAGCCAUCAGAAGAUGGUACAUUGUGGUCAUAAAGGGAUGGACAUGGUCAGCAACAAUACUCAAGUAAAUCAUCUUUCUUCACCAUUGUGAUGCUCAGUUUGAACCUAAGCAGGUUGUCUUGACCAUGUCUACGUGCCUUAAUGUUGAGUUGAGUUGAGCUGCUACCCUGUGAUUGGCUGAUUAGCUAUUUGCAUUAACAAGCAGUUGAAUAGGUGUAACCUAAUAAAGUGGCUGGUGAGUGUAGUUAAACAUGGUGGUCGAAUCUAUCCGAUUCUUAUUUUAUGUACUAUGUUGCUUUCCUAGCAUCUUUGAUGAACCAAAUCUACUGGCACAGAAGCUAUGCAAUGUUCUGCUGAGAGCUGGGGCUGCAGCAAAACGUAUUUUAGCCACUUAAGAAAUCAGUAUCAGUUUAAGUGCACGCCAUGUAUAGAAUACUGUCAUGGCUUUACCUUACACACUAUCUGACAAUCCUCUAAAUAUAGCAUACACUCAAAGUGAUACUGAUUAUUUUUUUUAAGGUGGGUCUUUAUUUAGGGGGCUAAAAACUACCAAUUGACGCAGCUCAGUGCCAUGAUUGUGAUUCAGUCUAUACCCUAUGACAUCACAAGUUUGAGUUUUAGCCCUAAACCUUGGGGAAAUCUAGCAUUUUUCAUGUUUACUAAUAUUUUCGGACUGUCUUAGACCAUAGGAAUAACCUAUCAAUUUUGAAAAUGGGGUAGUUCCCCUUUAAGGCGAACAUAAAAUCCCUGAACAGUUCAGAUAGUAAUUUACAGUAUGUUGAGUCAGAGUAGUUCAGCCAUCCUGUAAUCUGUGCCGCAAAUGUUUUAACAACUUAUGGAAUGUGUCCUGUAGUAAAGAUGUUUUUGGAAACCAAACUAACUCCAUUAAAGGACAGAAUCUGUCAGCUUUCCACUCCCAUAAAACCAGGUGGGUGCUGUGAUUUUU